AGGAAGUGGACAGACCAUUAUUUCAUUCAAAGAGAUCUUGCUUUGAUGGGAAGCAGUUACCGGAUUAAGAAUCUUGCAACAGAAUGGCUACCCAGGAGGCUGCUGCAGAAGAUCCAAAAGACAGUAACAUUUUUGAGCUGGAUACUUCUUACUUAGAAGCUCACCACCCUAAUGUGAAUUUUGAUUUUCGCAAGCUGGCAGAAGAAAUGGAAGAGGAAUAUCGGCCAAUCCGUGAACAAUUAAGAAGGGGGUUUAGGUUUAAUUCUGCCAUGAGAAAUGAAGCUCAGCGGCUGAAAACUUUCCUGUCGCAGCCUGGUAACUCUCGAUCAGCAUGGGCCCCAUCAGAGAUGGCAGCAGCUGGCUUCUACCAUACUGGUGUUAAGACAGCAAUACAGUGUUUCUGCUGUGGGUUAGUUGUAUUGUCGAGAAGUAUCACAAAAACCCCUUAUGCCAUACAUAGAAAAUAUCAGCCAGAUUGUGAAUUCAUUUUAGGAAAAGAGGUUGGCAGUAUCUCCAGUUAUGAGGUCCGUGUUCAGAAUCCAGCUAAGAGCGCUACAGAAAUAAAAAAGGAUUACAAAAGUGUAGAGGUGAGACUGGAGUCCUUUGCUUGCUGGCCAUCCUAUGCCCAAGACGUGCAGCCUGCUCUGCUAGCUAAUGCUGGAUUUUUCUUCACAGGUAUAAAGGACACAGUUCAAUGCUUUGCCUGCAAUGGAUGCUUGGGAAAUUGGAAAGAUGAGGAUGAUCCUUGGAAAGAGCACGCAAAGUGGUUUCCUGAGUGUGAGUUCCUUCAAAAGGAGAAGUCCAGAGAUGAAAUUAAAGCAUAUAUUCGAAAUUACUGUGGAUUUGUUGGCAUUACGGGAAAGUGUUUCUCAAUAUCCUUUGGGAAUACAUUGCCUCCUGACACAGGAGACUCAGAACCUAUUUUAAACAUCUAUGAGGAUGAAGAUGUGCGGCUAGACUCUUUUAAAACUUGGCCACAAGAAGCACAAGUUGAUGCCACUUCUCUGGCUAAAGCAGGAUUUUUCUACACAGGGAUGAAGGAUGCCGUCCAGUGCUUUGCCUGUGCUGGACGUCUGGCGGAAUGGGAGGCGGCUGAUGACCCUUGGAAAGAGCAUGCCAAACAUUUUCCUGAUUGUAAGCAAUCAGACCCAGGCAGGUGCAGAUCAGCAGAGCAGCCCUUGAAGCAAUCAGAAUCAUUCUGUGACCAGCAAAUUCAUUGCAACAACAAUUUGGAAAGGACAGCAUCCCUCAAUUCCUCAAUGACUAAUGUGGCCUAUGAGGAAUCUGAAUGGCUUCAAAAACAGCUCUCAAAGGCAUACAGUGAUGUUAAUUUCAGGAAAAUGUUUUCAUUUGGGGAUACUACCCACUUUGCUAUUGAUCUGAAGACACUUUAUGGAGACCUAGCCAUUGUCUCCAAGAACAUCCAUAACCUGCCACUGCAGCAGCUUAUAUUGCCUGAAGUCCUUGAAAGCUUUCAGUCCGUCACAGUAAUAGAAGGGGAAGCGGGGAGUGGGAAAACUGCGCUGCUGCGGAAGAUCGCUCUCCUCUGGGCAUCUGGAUGCUGUCCUAUCCUCAGCCGAUUCAAGUUUGUUUUUUAUCUCUCCUUGAACUCUAGAGGAAGGGAUGAGAAACUAGCUGACAUGAUUUGCAAUCACCUUGUGGGGCUUGAAGGGGCACUAACAGGAGAUUCCCUGAAGAACCUAUGCCAGCCUUUGACAAAUCAGGUCCUCUUCCUCUUGGACGAUUAUGACGAAAUGAAUACAGUCCCCUCUGAAAUUGAAGAUCUGAUUCAAAAGAACCACUUGAACAAACACUGCUUAGUUAUUGCAGUUCGUACUAACAGGAUUGGCAGUAUCCGCCUGCAUGCACACUUGAUCUUCAGUAUCGGAGAGUUCCCACUAACUAGCACCAUCUACCUGUUAAGAAAACUCUUUUCACAUAACAUCCGUCUUGUAGAAGAGUUUUUCAUUCAGAUGAUGCAAGAAGAAACUAUACAAUCUAUUUUCAAGACUCCUCUUUUUGUUGUGGCUCUUGGUGCAUAUUGGACUCAAUAUCCUGUUAGCGAUAUGUUCACAGACAUGAUUAUUUUAAAAGCCUACUUGCUGUAUAUUUCAUUGAAAUAUCCACAAGAGCGCGAGUGUAUGAAAGCCAUGGUGUCCUUCUGUGGUGAACUUGCCUUACGAGGUCUCUUUAAGUCCUGCUUUGAUUUCAGUGAAGAAGACCUUUUUGAAGUGGGAGUUAAUGGAGACAAAGCUCUCUGGUUUGGCCUACUAAGCAAGUUCACUGCUCAAAGGCUCCGUCCACUCUAUAAAUUCUUCCACCUUUCCUUCCAAGAGUUUCUUGCAGGGCUAAGGCUGAGUGAGCUCCUGAGUUCAGACGUGCAGGAAAAUGUGGAGAAAGGACAGCAGUACUUACAGCAAAUCAACACGUUUGUGAAAAUCAGCGGGCGAUACAAGUAUAUUUUGGUGUAUGCUUGCAGCAAGCCUUCUGGUGCAGUGCCAAAAAUAAUUUCCCACUUACUGAAUUUACUCAGUUGCGAGGAGUCACUUGAAAGUCGAUCUGAAAAUGAUGUUUAUCUACAGCAAACUCCAAAACUUCAACUAAUGCAACUGGAGCUUCUUUUAAUUACCUUGAGAUUACUCCCAGACUGGCGUCAUUCAAAAACUACUGAAAUUGUACUGAAACUUGCCACUGAACUUGCCUACCAGAGCAAUAUGGUUCCUGUAUGCGCUCCCAUGCUUUUAAAAUUUCUUUCUGGGAAAGAAUUUUCUUUAGGUUGGUUUGGUUCAAAGGGUGGAUUCCUUAGUUGCUUCUUUCAAGACUAUCCAGAGAGUUUGUUCUUACCUAGCAGAUUUGUUGUCUCUUUUACUGGCAAAAGGGAACUAGCUGAUCUGUCUCUAGCUGAAAGUUGUUAUUCUAAAUUGGGGGUUCCAGUUGUUGACGAGGAAUAUGCUCCUGCUUUUAAACUUUUCAGUGAUGUUACAAAGCAGAUCAAGGAGGAUGAAGAUGUUGCCAAUAGUUUUAAGUCACUCAUCCCCAGGUAUCUUCCAGACUCCUUAGUCAAGCCUUUUGUUCAUUUGAAAGAUCAUGAGAAAGUCCCAUCUUUGAAAUUUGAAGCCAGCAAUGUAGAAUCAUUAAACGCUCAUGACCUUCACAAUUUAGUGAUACUCUUCUCAGGUUUUAAAUGUAUUGAACUUAGGCUGCAGAAUUGCCAGGGUCUGAUGAAAACUAUCCAGCCAGCUAUUGAACAGAACCUGGGAUCCUUUAAAGUUUGCAGCUUACACCAUAACUUGAGUGUCAUAGAAGAAAACCUGCUUCUUACAAUGUCUUCCCUUGAGAGUCUUGAAAUUAAAAAGAUCACAUCAGCACCAGAAACUGUCUUUGCAAAUUUGGACAAAUUUAUUUUCUUGAAGGAACUAUCAGUGGAUCUUUCUGAUUGUCAGAACAUAUUUGAUAUAAUUCCAGAAGGCUUCAAAAAUCUGCAUAGCAUUGAGAAAUUGCUACUCUACAAUGUUAAAUUUCAAAGUGGUUCUGCCAGAUUAGUUGAAUUUAUGUGGAACUCCCCAAACCUCUCUGUUUUUCAUCUGCAACAUUCAGACUUUUCUGAGUUUGGGGCUCUCAUGGAUGCCAUUUCUCCUUGCAAAACGCUAACAGAAAUAAGAUUAACUGGAUUGUCUUUUGGAGAUAAAGACCUGUUUUCUCUUGCUGCUGCCUUGCCAAAUUUUGCUGCACUGAAGGUCCUGGAUCUUGCAAGGCUAGAGUUCACUGAUGAGGAAGCUUGUACAGCCUUCGCGUUAGCAUUAGGUUGCCUUGUGACGUUGGAGGAACUGGUUCUGCCUAUUGGAGAAGGAGUAAGUCAUGUGGCCAAAGCGAUUGUCCAGCAGUGCAUUCAUAUUCCAAAUCUACAAAAACUGGAGUUUAAUCAGUCUUUAAGUGAUGAAGGCCUAUUAGAAAUAGCAAAUGUAGCAGUUCAUGGAGGCUUCCAAAAGCUUGAAUUUCUGCUGCUCCUGGCAAAUCAUACCACCACAGAGUCUGCUUGGAGAACCUUCUUCCAAAUAUUACCUGAUAUGCCAAAGUUACAGAAGGUGGACUUCUCUCGCAUUUUCACACAUCCCAUCAAAUGUGAAGCAGCAACAGUGAGGUCUUUUGUUCAAAGCGUCUCAAGGCAGCCCAGCCUCACGACCAUAAGCAUGAUAGGAUGGUUGUUUGAUGAGGAAGACAUAAAAAUGUUUGAUGUCAUGAAAGAACACCACCCCCAGUCAAAAAGCUUAAACUUAACUUGGAAAUUUAUGCUGCCAUUUUCACCAAUUGUACAGGAGUAGAAAAUAGGAAAUGUGUAAACCUGGAUAAUAAUAUGUUUUACAAAAACAACCAAAUAUUUGAUAGGCUUGUAAAUUAAACCAGCAUUUAUAAAUGACAGGAAAAAUAAACAAGGAAACCUUGGAAAUGAAAUUCCAAGGUCCAAAGGUUUAUUAUGGUCACAAGACCAGCCAAGUAAAGUACAGAUAAAAAGAGCAGUUUUUAAAUACUUAAAAUGGGUAAAUACAUAAAAGAUAAAAUCAUAUAUAUGUAUAUAUAUCUAACAGUAAAACUUCCCAGCAAUUGACAUUUUCCUUCGUCAAGUGAUUCCGCUUUCUGAGUGCUAUCACAUAGAAUUUUGCAACUGCGUAAGAUACAGUUCUCUGGCUAUCCUCUAAAAGAUAUACCCGAAGGGUUUCAGGACUAAAAUCCAUAUACUACUCUAAUGGUUUAAAUCUAUAGAGUAGUGGGAUAAUUAAUUGUAUCCUUUCUUCUUGACAGAAUUCGCAGUGCAAAAGUAUGUGUGUGGUAUUUUCAACCACUUCAUUUGAACAGGGACAACACUGCUGCUGCAAAGGCAGACGGGAGAAUCUCCCAUACAAAACUGCAGAGGGGGAUGCAUCAAAUCGUGCUCUAGAGAAGACCCAUCUACACCUUUUGUUUGUAAUGUCCAAAAGAUAUGGGGAUAUGGUGUAACUCAGUCUUUUUUAAAAGCUCUUAUAGCUUAGAGGAAGGAUUGCCUCAUCAUUUUGGGACUCUGUAUUAAUCAAUCUUUGGAUGAUUACAGCUUUUGCUUUGUUGAGUCCCAUAUCAAACAGGGCUACCGGGUCAAAGCCAAUCAAUUUAAUUUUAUCAGCUAUCUUUGAGCACCAUGUAGGAUAAGGGUCAGAAGUUAACAACAAGGGAAUUAUACCCUUUGGCUCAAGAUGAAAUUCAACAAAGAGUGUCCAUGAGAAAAAUGAAGAGCCUAUUUCGGGCACCCCCUUUGUUCUUUCCUGUUCCACAUGCAUGGAACAUGAUCAAAGGUUUCCAAGUUUGGGAAGCCUUUAGAUCAAGCUCCAAUUCACUGUGAUGCAGGAGUAUGGACAAAUUGUAGGUUCAGGUGGGUAGCCAAAGCAAAUCUCAAGUAUAGGAGGCCUGUUAACCGGUUGAGCUGUAGUUGUUCUAAGUCAGCAGACUGUCUUUUUCUCAGAAAGUCUGUAGUCUCAGAAAGUCUCGCACACUGAUGGCAUAGGUUCUGAGAAUGGAAUCCAUAGAUCCAGACCUCCCAACUGUGAUGGUGCCUAUAGCCGAGACAAUGGGAUGUCGUAGGUGGCCAGGCUUGUGUAUUUUGGGCAGAAAACAGGAAGAGCUUGGUCGAGGUUCCUAUGGACUUGGGUUGCAUUUUAACACAUCAGAUCAAAUGCUAAGGAGCAACAGUGAGGUCUUUUGUUCAGUGCAUCUCCAGGCUGCCCAGCCUCAAGACCAUUAGCAUGAUAGGAUGGCUGUUUGAUGAGGACAACCUAAAAAUGUUUGAUAUUAUAAAAGAACAACACCCCAGGCAUGAAGAUGUCUAAUAUGGAAAUGGGUAUUGCCAUUUUCAUCUAUUAUAAAAGAACAGAAAGGAGAAAACGGUUGUGUAGAACAAAGGGGGAAUUUGUGGAAAUUUCCAAUUUGGUCUGGCUCCAACCCCACAUUACAGUAAACAAUGUCCUGUUACAUCAAAAUCUAGGGUAGAUUCCUCAGUGUGAAACCGCUACCACUACUACUGCUGAAGAAAACUCGCUUUUAGUAAGUUAAUUUGUUGACAGAAAAUUCAGUUUUAAGAUGAAUGAUAAGUUACAUAGAUUGCUGCAUGUUUUCUACUUCAAUAUGAUAUGAUUGCUCCACAGAAGUAAUGGAAGCACUCACCCUUCCAUAAUGAACCAAGGCAACUGCCAUGAUGGUGUUGAUCACACCACUGAGCAAAACCUUGUUUAUACUUUUAAGCAGUCAGGAUU